AUGUUUGUGAACGUGUACCCCGUGCUUUCCCGAGAAUACGAUAAAGUGGAUCCAUCGAGACAGGGCGUACAAUUGGGCAGACGAUGGGAAAACUCGAUUGACUCUCUUGGAGAGGCCUUGAACCGGUUCACGUCAUGCAUCGGCUAUUGGGAUACUAUGGAUCACCGAAACACUGUGGUCAAGCUGUACUGGAAAUUUGGAGGAGUAGACCUCCCUGAAAGAUCUUACUGGGAUCAUCGGGUCAAGUCUCAAGUUAGCGCAGUGGCGAAGAUUAUCAGCGCGCCGACGCGGAAGCCUUCUUCAACACCGAGGCAUACGCUUCCCUGCCGGGUUGCCGCGUCUCCGGGUCUAGUUAUCCGGAGCUCACAGGGCAUUGCAACUCUCGAAGCACAAUAUUUUCGCAGUGCCAGACCAUCGUUGUUGCGACGUACAUUCGCAAUACCUGGGACAGCCAAAGGCCGAUAUCGAUGGAGGUGCAGCUUGGCAUGGGAUGAGAUUACCAUCUGCGUCACGAUUGGUCGUCAUGCAUGGGGCACGGCAGCAUCCGCCUCAACAAAUGCCCACCCGGCUAUGGACCAUGGGCUAGAGAAAUAUCCUCACAACGAGGAUUAUACUAACUUUCAUCUCACAGCAUCUGUCAGCAAACGGGAUGAGAGAAUAACUAGCUUCGUGGGUCAUCGUCCUGAGCAAUCUGGGGAGCGGGAGUUGUCCGUGAAGUUCUGGCACCAACUCCACCGACCAACCAAAAUCAAGCUAGUCGCAUUGAGCAAACCAAUACCAGCCAACCGUGCAGUGCAGUGCCAGGAGUACGCCCAAGAAUGUAGCGUCAUCCAUCCAUCGUCUGAGGUGGCAGACGACGGUCUUCCCCAGACACCCACCCCCGCAUUUCGGCUAUUGACUGGAUCAUGGCUCCACGAUCGACCAUUAGGCUACCAAUUGAAGUGA